GAGCAGUAACACGAGUUACUAUCUGGACCACAUGCCACAGAAUUCAGAUUAUAAUUAUCCCUGGCAUAUCCACACCGGGCGGCUGCUGCAAAUCAGUCACUGAAGUUCCAAGGAAUCCACAAAAAGCUCCGGCUACAGAGAACUGGGAUGAAUCCAGAAACACCAUCGGUUUAUCAUGAGGGAAAGUCACAUGAGUUACCCCCUCUCUCAUCUCUGCCCACAGGUCGGUGCAAAGCCACCCAGUAUGAGUGCUUCAACUACACCGUUCUUCCUCUUGGAUGCAAACAGCCAGGCUCAAGGAGCUAACCACAGCAGUGCUGCAGGAAGGCCAGAGCCAUCGUACGCCGUUCUCAAGUUCAUGGAGAGCUUCUGCCUCAUCAGUGCCGCCUGUGGGAUGGUGGGAAAUGGCAUAGUUCUAUGGUACCUUGGCUUCUGCAUCCGCAGAAACCACUUCACUGUCUACAUCCUAAACCUGGCCGCUGCUGACUUUGGCUAUCUCCUCUGCAUCGCCAUUGAGACUGUCCAGUACCUGAUGCAGUUCAACGUAGGGGUCCAGUUUGGGAUAUUCCUCUUCCUGGAUCUUUUCACGUAUGGGACUGGCUUGUAUCUCCUGACAGCCAUCAGCAUUGAAAGGUGCCUCUCCGUCCUCUGCCCCAUCUGGUGCCGAAGUCACCGCCCAAAGCACUUGUCUGCCAUCAUCUCCGGCCUGCUCUGGUGCCUCUCUCUGCUACUGAACACAGUUGGCUACAUUCUGUGCUCCAUCCACCCCUCUGGCAGCUGCCGGAUGCUGCUCAUUACCAUUGGCGUCUUGGAUUUCCUCGUCUGCACCCCCCUCAUGCUGUUCUUCAGCCUGACCCUCUUCCUCAGAGUCAAGUGCAGCUCCCAGAAGUUCCGGACAGGACGGCUCUUCACCGUCAUCAUGCUCACCGUGCUCUUCUUCCUCAUUUUUGCUGUUCCUCUCAGCGUCCUCAUCCUCUUUGACUUCUUGGGCUACAAAUUCCUCUAUUCGCCCGAGAUCGGCUUUGUGCUGUCCUGUGUGAACAGCAGUCUCAACCCCGUCAUUUACUUCCUUGUGGGGAGCUACAGGGACCGGAGAAUCAAAUUCACCCUCAGACUGGCAUUCCAGAGGGUCUUUGAAGACUCAGCAGAUGACAAAGAGGAACGGGAUACCCGAGACACGAUAACGAUGUCCUCCUAAUAUCAUUCACUAAGAGAGCCCUGGAGAUGGGAGGUGGCCGUUCACAGAGCUGAAGAACUCUGAGGUACUGCGGGAGGUCCAUCCCGCCCAGCCUUAACAGCCUUCAUUCUGAACACCUGCCUUCUCGCUGGUUAUUUGAAGCUCUGCCCAUGUUAGGACUACAUUGCUUUUCAGCGGCCAUUAAAUGAUAAGGUGAAAUGUCUCAAUGGCUGCGUUUCAUCACAGGAAUCCUGCUUAGUUUAUCUGUCAAUAAAGCUCUGUUUUUCAGAGCAUUAAUAUUCAGUCUCUUUUUUUACGCAGACCUCUGGCGAUGAGGGGGAUCUGUGAUCUCCCUGUUGAAAUCAGAUAAGAAGUGAGUCCAACUCCCUUAAUUUUAAGUAUCUGUAUGUCAGCGCCACAUGCAGUCUUUGUGGCUCAUAGCGUGAAUGAUACUUUGCUUCCCAAUGUGAGCAUUUCAAUCAGUGAAAAGCUUCACAUUAUGGAAGUCUCUGUUAAUUGGUUAAUAGUUAUUAGUUAAAAGGAGGGUUUAGCUGCAGCAAGCAUUGGGUUGUUAUUUCUUCCCUUCACAGACAAUAACAACCCGUGGCAUCCAACACUUCUUGACCUACCAGAAGAAGUAAGUUCAAAGAAGGGAAAAAAAAUACAAUAAAGCAGAAAAUGGAAGAUAAACACCUAUCAGAAAUUUGCAACAAAUUCUUUUCCAGACCCAACGCCUGGACACAUAAGAUAUGAUUGUUUGAAAUGUUAGACCAUCACUCCACACAAUAUUUGCUCUUUUAACCCAAAUCAAUAGUGGUCACCCCAACCUCUGUGGUUGCUUUCUGCUUCCUGUUUACAGUUUCUGAAAGCUGAAAAUUGAGUCCCAUUUCUAUUAUUCUUUAAUUUUUAAUGCCAUUUUUUCUGCGACGUACACGUAGUUGAUUCAGGCCAGGCCUGCUGUCAUCAGCUGUCUUUGAGUGAGAUUUUCUUUACUUCUGACUUCUACUGAUGGGGGGAAGAGACUGUCCAUUUAUCUGAAAGCAUGUUAAAAUGUAUUCUUCUUAUUAUCUGUAAUGAUUUUAUCACUGGGAGAGAAGAGGCUCAGCUCAUUUCCUUUAUUAUUAAAAAUGUUCCAAGCCA